CGAUGUGUGACUGUUGGGUGCAUUGGGUGAUCGUUGGGAAUUAGGAUAAUUUGCUUGGAAUUGUUGGUAGGUGGCCUGGCAUAAGUGAUUCAUCAUGAUUGGGCGCAUAGUUCUUCCUAAAACGACAACAAUGUCGUUAAAUGACAGGUUCUCGCACUUUCGUCAGCUGCGGGAGCAGCGCCAGGCGGCGGCGGCGGCGGCGGGCGUGGGCGCGGCGGCGGCGGUGGUGCGGCCGCGCCUGCCGGCAGCCGCCAGCAGCGCGGCCAACCAGCGGCUGGCGGUACAGAUGGAGAGCCGGCCGUCCGUGCUGGCCGCCCUGCGCGCCAACGGCACCGCGAAGCCGACUCCGGCGGCGAUGGCGAUGUUGCCAGCGGCCGCGGCCGUGACGCCCCGUACGCGCCAGUCCAUCAAGCAGCGCCUCUCGGUGAAGGCGCGCCUGGGCGUGGUGCGCAGUCCGGCCGCCAGGGGCGCCACCGGCGGCGGCCGCAGCAUUCUGACCCGACUGGGCCGCGUCCGGCCGGCCGUGAAACGGCUCCAGCCGACCAGAGCGUCCGGCCGCGUGCAGCCGUGGGGUCGCGGCGCGGCGCGCGGCCGUGCCCGCAGCUGGUCGGCCGGUGUCGGCGGCUCCGGCGGGUUCCGGGGACGAGGCCGCGGCAGGGGCAGGGGGCGCGGACGGGGCCGCGGUGGCGGCGCGCCGCGGAUGACCCGCGAGGAGCUCGACCGCCAGCUGGAUGACUACAUGGCCAGUACCAAGAGUCAGCUGGACGCCGAGCUGGACGCGUAUAUGAAGGAGUCGGUCAUCUGAACAGACUGGCGGAGGACUGAGGUCGGCAGAAGGGCAGCUGAGGCUGGCUGAGGGCCAGCUAAGGGCUGUCUGAGGUGACCUGAGGCCAGCGAAGACUGAAAUUGACUAGGCUGGCUGACUGAGACUGGCUGAACUGUUAUUCAAGCCCAACUGUGAGUUGCUAUGACCGGCUGAGGCCGGCCAAGGCAGACGAGUUAGCUCACUGGUUGAGACUGGCAGUGACUGUCCUGCCAGCGUGCCACGGCGCUGGCUCCGCGGAGGGCCGCCGCGAGGCCUCCUAAGCCUCUCUCUACCGAACUGUGACCGCGGUAGGGCCGGCCCGGGCGUCCAGCCCACCCCGCGACCGUGUUUGGGGAGGCUCCGCUGCCGGGCCCGCCGCCACUUCUGUGAUCGCUGCGCCGUGUUGUACAAAGGGUGAGAGGAGCGAUCGUGUCGCCGCCAGAGACUGACCGGGCGGGUGAGUGAGGUAUGAACUGCGGUGGUGCCGUGGUCGGGUGUUUUUUAGUUUCGCCAACGGAGCCAGUUGUAACGAUCGACUUACCGAACGACUGCCGAUGUCGGGGAUGGUUUGUGUGCGUGGCGGAGGGGAGAGUUUUGGGCGGGUUCCGCCACUCUGUCCCCUUAUGCGGACGGGUGGCGGGCACGAGUGACAACGCGUGGUCCGUGACAUGAGUUGGACUUGAAGCGUGCAUUGGCCGUGAAUGCAUUUGCUGUCGAUAAUCCAGAUAUUGCGACGAUAAAAGUUUGUAAUGUU